CAUAUGAAAAGGAAUCGGAACAGUACGAGCGUAUCAUUCAAAUUCCAAUGCCUUGUCUCGUUAUAGUGGGCCAUCCCUCAGCGGGAAAAACAACUAUCGCCWAUCUACUCAAAGAAAGAGCUCUAUUGCACGAUGCCAUCGACGAUGUUGUUUUGUUGAACGAAGAAACGGAAUGCGGUUGCAUUCAAACUGACGACAACACGAAUGAGCGGCUUGAGACUUCAAAAAAUGAGAGAGAUAACAAGGUUACGACAACAAAGCAGGAGCUGUAUGAAAACUCAUUGGCUGAAAAGCAAACCCGAGGUGCUUUGAAAGCAUCCUUUGAUCGAGCCGUGAAGAAGAGUGGCGGUACAAACAGUAGCAAUCGAAGACUUGUGAUUUUAGACUCGUUAAACUACAUAAAGGGUUUUCGAUAUGAAUUGCACUGUAUAUCCAAGGCAGCGGGAGAAAAACACGGCAUUUUGUGGGUAUUAAAUCGAUUAUCGGUCGUCGAAGAAUGGAACAAGGACUACUCCCCGCCAUUGCUGCAAGAAUUGAUCUCCCGCUUCGAACCUCCUGACAAUAGAAACCGAUGGGAUAAACCGCUUUUUACUAUUGAUGUAGAGCCUACUUCAGUUUCUGGUUGUUCUACCGGUACAGAAAGUAAUCUACAAACCAGAAAAACGCACUCUAGUAAAAAUGAAGUGCUAGAACAUUCUGUCUACAAUAUGCAUUCCCUUGGAGAAGCUUUCGGGACUUCGCGAACAAAAGAACAAACCGAUAACAAUACAGAAACACAACGAUCUAAGAAGAGCGCCUUCUCUGCAGCUUCCAACGCAUCGAAAGCUCCAAAGAAAUCUGCUUUUCGACGGAGAAAAAAAGCUUCGCCACCUUCAGCUUCAGAGAAAAAUGAAAAGAAAAUUGCAUCAGUGUACAAUCAAAACAAUAAGAUCAUAUUUGAUACUUCGAUGAUGGAUUCUUCGGCGCAGGAUGGUAUAAUCGCGUCUGAAAAACCCUCCGAUGUUUGCACCUCGAAAUCGGCACUGUCUCCUGGCGUCCCUCAACAGUCGAUACCGAACGAGGGGCAAACAAGUGACGGUAAAUCUCUUGAAGAGAAACUGGAUGAAAUUCUUGAUAUCUUCCUUCUACAAACCAAGAAUCUGAAAGAGGGAAUGUCGACGCGGCAAUAUGAUUGAAUAACUUUCGUACAACAUGACGUUAUUUAGUAUUUUCUAACUUAUAUUUUGCCAAAGAAUAUUGUAAUAUAUCGAUACCUCGUCUUGUAAUAAUCUCGAUUUCCCAUACUUGUGAAUUGAAGAAAUGAUUGCACUAGUCUACAUGACCGUGCAACUGCUACCCCCACUGCUCGAGGCAAAACUUGAAGAUUUCUGGUUUCCAAUCGCCAACAGUUCUACCUCAAACGUCAAGUCACUAUUUGGGGGGAUUGCACCCGGUGCGCCACGUGCUCCGUAUCCGUAAUCAGAUGAAAUCUGCAGGUUUGCCUUUUCACCGAGGGACAUCUUCAUUACACCCUCGUCCCACCCUUUAAUGACUUGCCCGAUGCCAAUCACAAACUUGAAUGGUUUCCCCCGCGAGACGCUGCUAUCAAACUGCUUUCCGUUCGACGUCAAUGUCCCGGUAUAAUGCAUUGUGAGUUGGUCUCCCGCUUUUGGAAACGUGGCUCCAUCUCCUUCUGAAAUGAUUUGUUUCUCGACGCCCAUUUUCAAUGAUUUUCGGCUUACUGUUUUGUGUACUGGUGUCUUCGAUUGUGAGAACUCGCAAACAACUUGGAAUUACCAAAUCGACGACGAGAAACCUCUUUUUUUCAAUACUACCGGCAUCCGGGUAAAGUAUGAUACGAACCGUAUGUAAUUCGUACCAUGGGUCAUACGGUACAGGGGUCAUAAUUUAAAGAG